CGCGGUCGGGAUGGUGUUGCGAUGUCAGGUUGAAGUGUUAUAUUUUGCAAAAAGUGCUGAGAUAGCAGGAAUUCGCUCGGAGACCAUUUCUGUGCCACAGGAAAUAAAAGCAUUGCAGCUGUGGAAUGAGAUAGAAGCACGACAUCCUGGAUUGGCUGAUGUCAGAAAUCAGGUGAUAUUUGCUGUCCGUCAAGAAUAUGUCGAGCUUGGAGAGCAACUCCUCCAGCUUCGGUCGGGAGACGAAAUUGCCAUUAUCCCCCCCAUUAGUGGAGGGUAGUGGUCAUGAGCUACUUGGGGAAGAUCUGAAGGAAGUUGAAGAGUCAGCUAAAGAGAUAAUAAAAUUCACCACUGAGAAGCUGUCCAUAGAUGAAGCCUCACAGUUGGUGAUUUCUCCGCUCUGUGGUGCAGUAUCCCUGUUUGUAGGGACUACAAGAAAUAACUUUGAAGGGAAAAAAGUCAUUAGCUUAGAAUAUGAAGCAUAUCUCCCAAUGGCAGAAAAUGAAAUCAGAAGGAUCUGUAGUGACAUUCGGCAGAAAUGGCCAGUCAAACACAUAGCAGUGUUUCAUAGACUUGGCUUAGUUCCAGUGUCAGAAGCAAGCAUUAUCAUUGCUGUGUCCUCAGCCCAUAGGGCUGCAUCCCUCCAAGCUGUGAGCUAUGCCAUUGAUACUUUAAAAGCCAAGGUGCCCAUAUGGAAAAAGGAAAUGUAUGAAGAAUCAUCAUCAUCUUGGAAAAGAAACAAAGAAUGCUUUUGGACAACCAGUGAUUAAGUCACACAUUUUUUUUAAGAAUACUAAAAUUAAAUUUGGUAAACCUCUG